GCUGGCAGGGGCUCCCGGCCCCGGCAUUUGGGGCGGCUGGAGCAUCUUGUCCCUUCCUUGCAGUGGGAAAAGUGGCAACCAGCACUCGUGGAGGCCACCUGGGCCCCCUCCCGUGGCACCGGACCAGCCGCCGGCUCCGCUGGUGUCUCUGUCCCCAUGGGUCAGCAGCGGCUCCGUCUCUUCCUCUGCCUCCAGGUCACAGGUUUCUGUACAAGUCUGUUUUUGUCUCAGACUCCCGAACGUAUUUUAGCCCAAACGAAAACCAGAACAGAAAUCAUCUGCCACGUGAAAAAAUCUCAGUAUGGGGGUGUGUACUGGUACCGAUGGAACCAGGAGAGACAACUUUUCCAGUUCCUGGUGUUCCUAAACCUGCUGGGCAAAACCACCUAUGGCAGGAACRUCAGCAGUGAGAAGUUCCAGGUGCAUGGAGGGCAUUCUCAGAACUCCUACAGUCUGCACAUCCAGCAGCUCCAGCCUUCCGACAACGGCACCUAUUACUGCACCAUCUCCCAGGCCUCGGAGCUCCUCCUCGGCGCCGGGACGAGGCUCGGUGUGGUUGAAGUUUUGCCUCUGCCGCCGCUGUCCACUCGAGCAACUCCUUCCAGAAGGCCCAGGGGACACGUCACCAGGAGCAAACCUGUGCACAGGAAAGGUUACUGCAGCCCCCUCAUCUGGGUCCCGCUGGCCACGUGCGCCCUCAUCCUGCUGCUCUGCCUGGCUGCCAUCGGCCACCGCUUCCACCGGCUGCAGAGAAGGUUGUGGCUUCGCAUCCACAGGCAGUGAGUCCUUCUGCCUCC